AUGCUGCCGGGAAUGAUGAACCCUUGCCUGGCCCUGGCCGACGCCCAAGCUGAGCCCAGAGCUACAGUCGCAAGCGUACCCGCCCUGCUGCAGGUCCUGCUGGGCCUCCGGCACUUGGGAGCAGUGCUCUUUUGCGAUGUCGUCGUCGAUGAGGAGCAGAGUCGUGCCAGUGUCGGCGACGCCGCUGAUCUGAGGGGGCUGGAGCUGGUCGUUGCCGACGGCGUACCCGGAAACAUGGCCGUUAACGUAGCUCAAGUUGUAGGUCCCAUCUAA